AUGGAAGAUGAAAGCCACAGCAAUUUGCCAAAUGGGCUCAUCGCAGGAAGCCCUGAAAGCCCAAGCUUAAAGACAUGCAACAACAACAACACUUCUAACACCAUCACCACCACCACCAAUAGUAUCAACAAAGAACAAGAUCGCUUUCUCCCUAUUGCCAAUGUUGGAAGAAUCAUGAAAAAGGCCAUCCCUAGCAAUGGGAAAAUCUCAAAGGAUGCAAAAGAGACAGUUCAAGAAUGUGUAUCAGAGUUCAUCAGCUUUGUCACAGGAGAAGCCUCUGACAAAUGUCAAAGAGAAAAAAGAAAGACCAUCAAUGGGGAUGAUAUCAUAUGGGCCAUCACUACCUUAGGAUUUGAAGAUUAUGUUGACCCAUUAAAAUCCUAUCUCCAAAAAUAUAGAGAUAUAGAAGGGGAAAAGGUUAAUAUUCCUAAGCAACAACGUUCUGAUCAAAGGCUACAUCAACAACACCAAGACCAAAAUAAUAAUCUACCUUUAAGUAGUGUAUAUUCCUCAGCAAAUCUCAUUUCUCAACCUCCUUAUGUAGCCACGGAUCAACUAUUUUCCCUUCCAUUCUCCCCAAAUUCAAUUCAGAAACAAUUACAGCCGCAAGACCAGAUCGAUUCAGUUGGCCAAUGGUAA